AUGUCGAGCUCUGCCGUCUUCAGCGGCAGGGCACAGAGCGCGUCCUCCAUCGUCGCCGCGGCCGCGGAGGGGUCACACGUGCUCACCAUCGAUGGGUACUCCCGGACCAAGGGACUCGGCAACGGCAAGUUCAUCAAAUCCGGUACGUUCUACGUGGGAGGCCAUCGCUGGUUUAUCAAGUACUACCCCGAUGGUGAGGACUAUGAGAACUCCGAUUGGAUAUCCAUUUUUCUCUCGUUUGAUAGUUCCGAUAGCACGGAGGUGAAGGCAAGAUUCGGAUUCAGUUUACUCGACCAUGUGGGCGAACCAGUGCCAUCAUACAACAACGUUUCAGAAGGCAUACGUGCCUUCGGCUCCAAAAACAGGUCACGGGGAUACCCAAAAUUCAUCAAAACAAAGGACUUGGAAGAAUCAACCUAUCUGAAGGAUGACCGAUUCAGAGUCAGGUGUGAUGUCACCGUCUUAAAGGACGAGAUGGAGAUUCGCACUGAGUACAGCUCGCCGUUCGUCACUGUGCCACCAUCGGACGUGAACACGCAUCUAGGCCAUCUCCUCUCGUCCGGUGUGGAAGCAGAUGUCACGUUUCAGGUCGGCGAGGAGACAUUCGCCGCACACAGGCUCCUGCUCGGAGCACGGUCCUCCGUCUUCAUGGCGGAACUCUUCGGUCCGAUGAAGGAGAAGCACACAAGCCACAUCAAGAUCGAUGACAUGGAGCCGAGAGUGUUCAAGGCCAUGCUCCACUACAUCUACACCGACUCGCUGCCUGAGAUGGAGAAGGAUGGUAUAUUUGUAAUGUCUCAGCAUUUGCUUGUUGCAGCUGAUAGGUAUGGCCUAGACAGGCUGAAGCUCAUCUGCGAGGACAAGCUUUGCAACUACAUCAGCACUGGCACGGCGGCGACUACGUUGGCGCUUGCAGAGCAGCAUGGCUGCAAGGGGCUGAAAGAGGCGUGCUUCAAGUUUCUCAGGUCUCCCGGCAAUCUGAAGACGAUCAUGGACAGCGAUGGGUUCAAGCAUCUGACAGCCAGUUGCCCCUCUCUGCUCAGUGAGCUGCUCGCCAACGUUGCUCCCUGA